UCGAAUGAGUCGAUCGUUGACUGUCGAGCCGUGAAGUGCUCGGUUAGUUAGCAAAGCGUCAGUUCUAUUGCAUUUCAAAUAUCCGUCGCGGUAGGAACAUUGUUUGUUGAUGUGAAUUUACGUGCAUCUCUUUACGGUUGCCACGAAAUCGGUAAAGUUCCGAAAAAAACUUACCGAAAGUCCAUUCAUCUCUCACAAUCCAUCAUUCGCGAGGUGAACCGUAAUCAGUGUGACACACAGUGACUUGUGGAUUAAUGAGUUUCCUGGUGGAGUGUUUGUGUAAUUAUCGUUCAGACAAAACAACUGUUCACCACGAGAAUAAUGGGAAUUAGUUACCUGAUAUUCCAAAUCCUGGCACUAUUGGGUUGCACCGUGCUGAUCAAAGCUCAAGUACCGUUCGUUGGGAAGUGCCCGAAGGUAGCGGUGAAGAAAAAUUUCAACGCCCCUGCCUAUUUGGGACGGUGGUACGAACAGGAGAAGUACCCGUUUGUAUUCGAAUUGGCAGGACGCUGCGUAACGGCUGAGUACGGACUAAAUGCGAACGGAACAGUAUCGGUGGCCAACCGGUUAAUCAAUACAAUCACGGGAUCUGUAAAUGCAUUAAACGGAUCAGCCCGAAUAGUUCAACCAGCGAAAUUGGCAGUAUCAUUUCCUCUACCUUUUACAUUAGAAGCACCGUACUGGGUUAUUGGUACCGAUUACAAGAAAUAUGCAGUUAUGCUCUCCUGUAUCGAACUCGGUGGAAUAGUGCAUACGAAGGUAGUUUGGAUUCUAACCAGAGACCGAUUCCCUUCAAUCAAAACUAUGAAGAAGGCGUAUGCAGUCAUGGACUCGGCAAACAUCUCACGGAAGUAUCUAACCCGUACAGAUCAGAAAAAUUGCGAACCUUCGAAAGAGAUUAAUUAUAAAUCGAAGGUUAAAUCGAAAAAAUACUAAAUGUUUAUUAGUAAGCAAAGCAUUUUUCUGGCUAUUAUAUAGUU